AUGCAAAAUAGAAUUAAUCAUAGUUGCAGUCAGACGGCAACUGGUGGAACAAUUAUAAUGCUUAAUGAACGAAAAAAAAGUUUUGAUUCUUCUAAUCGAGAAUACUUUUUGAAAAACUUUCAGGAUUUUAUUUUACGACUAAAUAUUGGUGGAACAAGUUAUCGAAUCAGAACUCGAUCAAUAUCUAAAUACGGUUCCAGAACAUUGUUAGGAAAAUUUGCUCGAGUAGAUCAUGAUUUAAGAAAACAGUGGGCUGAUUGGUAUUUUGAAGAAUCCGAUGAAUACUUUUUUGAAAGAGUUCCCAGGUAUUUUGAUCCAAUUUACGACUUUUAUGCUACGGGUCAAUUGCAUGUUCCUAAAGAUUUAUGCUUUGAUAAGUUUAUGGCUGAAUUACGAUUUUGGGCCAUUUCUCGAUCAAAAAUGAAUGGUUGUUGUUGUCCAUUUGCUCAGUUUUCUCUCUUACCAAAUGGUCAACAGCAUAAUGAUGCUGUAUGUUUGCUUGAAAAAAAUUCUUUUGUGGGAUUGCGCUUUGGUAAAUUGAGAAAAAAAUUAUGGCGUAUUCUAGAGGGGCAAACAUCAUCAAAAUGGUGGAGAGUUUUUGAAAUAACCUCUUCAUCUUUUGUUAUGCUAUCAGUGACUGCUUUAAUUGUGAGUUCUUUACCAGAAUUUCAAGUUCCUGAAAAAUUCAAGGAUUCUUCAUUCACAACUCAGUCAAUCUUAGCAACUGAAAAUGGACCUCAUCAAGAUCUGGUCGAGCAUCCUAUUUUUGAUUACAUUGAAGAUGUUUGUGUGACUUACUUCAUAUUGGAAUAUGCAGUUCGAUUUUGUGUAGCUCCAAAAAAAUGGCGAUUCGUAAAAGGAUUUCUGAAUAUCAUUGAUUUGUUGGCUGUUCUACCAUUUCUUUUCGAAAUCAUACUUCACUGUAUUGGCAUUAGUGGAACAAAUGUACGAAAAAUACACUGGGCAUUUCUUACAGUUCGUUUAUUACGUAUUCUUCGCAUUGUUAGAAUUGCCAAACUUGGACGAUUUUCACCUGGAUUAGCAAACUUUGCGCUGACUUUACGUCAAAGCAAAAAACAAAUGCAAAUGGUGGCGAUUGUUAUGUUAACAGUAGUGAUUUUUUUUUCCACACUGGUGUAUUUUUUAGAAAAAGAUGAACCUAAUACAACUUUCAUUUCAAUUCCUGCAGCUUUCUGGUGGGCUGUUGUCACAAUGUCAACAGUUGGUUAUGGCGACAGUGUACCUGAAACAAUACCAGGAAAAUUAAUUGGGAGUGGAGCAAUAGUAUGCGGAGUAAUGGUACUUGCGUUACCGAUUACUAUAAUGGUAAAUAAUUUUAUGCAAGUAAUGAAGUUACGAGAGGAACGAAUCGUAAAGAAAUAUAUUGAUAAUGAAAGUGUUCAAUGA